AUGUCCGGCUUCUGCUGCCAUAUGACAUGCUCGAUGGCGUCCAGGCGGAGGAAGGAAUUGAGGGGAGUUGGACUGAGGAGGAGGCAGAAAGAGAGGACCAAAGGCGAUGGUGGUGUGUGUGGUGCAUGUGAUGCAUGUGAUGCAUGUGACGCAUGUGGUGCAUGUGAUGCAUGUGAUGCAUGUGACGCAUGUGGUGCAUGUGAUGCAUGUGAUGCAUGUGACGCAUGUGGUGCAUGUGGUGCAUGUGGUGCAUGUGGUGCAUGUGGUGCAUGUGAUGCAUGUGGUGCAUGUGGUGCAUGUGGUGCAUGUGAUGCAUGUGAUGCAUGUGACGCAUGUGGUGCAUGUGGUGCAUGUGAUGCAUGUGGUGCAUGUGGUGCAUGUGAUGCAUGUGGUGCAUGUGGUGCAUGUGGUGCAUGUGAUGCAUGUGAUGCAUGUGACGCAUGUGGUGCAUGUGGUGCAUGUGAUGCAUGUGGUGCAUGUGGUGCAUGUGAUGCAUGUGACGCAUGUGGUGCAUGUGGUGCAUGUGAUGCAUGUGAUGCAUGUGGUGAAUGUGGUGCAUGUGAUGCAUGUGACGCAUGUGGUGCAUGUGAUGCAAGUGGUGCAUGUGGUGCAUGUGAUGCAUGUGGUGCAUGUGGUGCAUGUGGUGCAUGUGAUGCAUGUGAUGCAUGUGACGCAUGUGGUGCAUGUGGUGCAUGUGAUGCAUGUGGUGCAUGUGGUGCAUGUGAUGCAUGUGGUGCAUGUGGUGCAUGUGGUGCAUGUGAUGCAUGUGAUGCAUGUGACGCAUGUGGUGCAUGUGGUGCAUGUGAUGCAUGUGGUGCAUGUGGUGCAUGUGAUGCAUGUGACGCAUGUGGUGCAUGUGGUGCAUGUGAUGCAUGUGAUGCAUGUGGUGAAUGUGGUGCAUGUGAUGCAUGUGACGCAUGUGGUGCAUGUGAUGCAAGUGGUGCAUGUGGUGCAUGUGAUGCAUGUGGUGCAUGUGGUGCAUGUGAUGCAUGUGGUGCAUGUGGUGCAUGUGGUGCAUGUGAUGCAUGUGAUGCAUGUGACGCAUGUGGUGCAUGUGGUGCAUGUGGUGCAUGUGAUGCAUGUGGUGCAUGUGGUGCAUGUGGUGCAUGUGGUGCAUGUGAUGCAUGUGAUGCAUGUGACGCAUGUGGUGCAUGUGGUGCAUGUGAUGCAUGUGGUGCAUGUGGUGCAUGUGAUGCAUGUGACGCAUGUGGUGCAUGUGGUGCAUGUGAUGCAUGUGAUGCAUGUGGUGAAUGUGGUGCAUGUGAUGCAUGUGACGCAUGUGGUGCAUGUGAUGCAAGUGGUGCAUGUGGUGCAUGUGAUGCAUGUGGUGCAUGUGGUGCAUGUGGUGCAUGUGGUGCAUGUGAUGCAUGUGGUGCAUGUGGUGCAUGUGAUGCAUGUGACGCAUGUGGUGCAUGUGGUGCAUGUGAUGCAUGUGAUGCAUGUGGUGAAUGUGGUGCAUGUGGUGCAUGUGGUGCAUGUGGUGCAUGUGAUGCAUGUGAUGCAUGUGACGCAUGUGGUGCAUGUGGUGCAUGUGAUGCAUGUGGUGCAUGUGGUGCAUGUGAUGCAUGUGGUGCAUGUGGUGCAUGUGGUGCAUGUGACGCAUGUGGUGCAUGUGGUGCAUGUGAUGCAUGUGGUGCAUGUGGUGCAUGUGAUGCAUGUGGUGCAUGUGGUGCAUGUGGUGCAUGUGAUGCAUGUGAUGCAUGUGACGCAUGUGGUGCAUGUGGUGCAUGUGAUGCAUGUGGUGCAUGUGGUGCAUGUGAUGCAUGUGACGCAUGUGGUGCAUGUGGUGCAUGUGAUGCAUGUGACGCAUGUGGUGCAUGUGGUGCAUGUGAUGCAUGUGAUGCAUGUGGUGAAUGUGGUGCAUGUGAUGCAUGUGACGCAUGUGGUGCAUGUGAUGCAAGUGGUGCAUGUGGUGCAUGUGAUGCAUGUGGUGCAUGUGGUGCAUGUGAUGCAUGUGGUGCAUGUGGCGCAUGUGGUGCAUGUGAUGCAUGUGAUGCAUGUGACGCAUGUGGUGCAUGUGGUGCAUGUGAUGCAUGUGGUGCAUGUGGUGCAUGUGAUGCAUGUGGUGCAUGUGGUGCAUGUGGUGCAUGUGAUGCAUGUGAUGCAUGUGACGCAUGUGGUGCAUGUGGUGCAUGUGAUGCAUGUGGUGCAUGUGGUGCAUGUGAUGCAUGUGACGCAUGUGGUGCAUGUGGUGCAUGUGAUGCAUGUGAUGCAUGUGGUGAAUGUGGUGCAUGUGAUGCAUGUGACGCAUGUGGUGCAUGUGAUGCAAGUGGUGCAUGUGGUGCAUGUGAUGCAUGUGGUGCAUGUGGUGCAUGUGAUGCAUGUGGUGCAUGUGAUGCAUGUGAUGCAUGUGACGCAUGUGGUGCAUGUGGUGCAUGUGAUGCAUGUGGUGCAUGUGGUGCAUGUGAUGCAUGUGGUGCAUGUGGUGCAUGUGGUGCAUGUGAUGCAUGUGAUGCAUGUGACGCAUGUGGUGCAUGUGGUGCAUGUGAUGCAUGUGGUGCAUGUGGUGCAUGUGAUGCAUGUGACGCAUGUGGUGCAUGUGGUGCAUGUGAUGCAUGUGAUGCAUGUGGUGAAUGUGGUGCAUGUGAUGCAUGUGACGCAUGUGGUGCAUGUGAUGCAAGUGGUGCAUGUGGUGCAUGUGAUGCAUGUGGUGCAUGUGGUGCAUGUGAUGCAUGUGGUGCAUGUGGUGCAUGUGGUGCAUGUGAUGCAUGUGAUGCAUGUGACGCAUGUGGUGCAUGUGGUGCAUGUGAUGCAUGUGGUGCAUGUGGUGCAUGUGAUGCAUGUGGUGCAUGUGGUGCAUGUGGUGCAUGUGAUGCAUGUGAUGCAUGUGACGCAUGUGGUGCAUGUGGUGCAUGUGAUGCAUGUGGUGCAUGUGGUGCAUGUGAUGCAUGUGACGCAUGUGGUGCAUGUGGUGCAUGUGAUGCAUGUGAUGCAUGUGGUGAAUGUGGUGCAUGUGAUGCAUGUGACGCAUGUGGUGCAUGUGAUGCAAGUGGUGCAUGUGGUGCAUGUGAUGCAUGUGGUGCAUGUGGUGCAUGUGAUGCAUGUGGUGCAUGUGGUGCAUGUGGUGCAUGUGAUGCAUGUGAUGCAUGUGACGCAUGUGGUGCAUGUGGUGCAUGUGGUGCAUGUGAUGCAUGUGGUGCAUGUGGUGCAUGUGGUGCAUGUGAUGCAUGUGAUGCAUGUGACGCAUGUGGUGCAUGUGGUGCAUGUGGUGCAUGUGAUGCAUGUGAGUGA